CCGUGCGAGCAACAACGGCACAAGUGUACGCUUAAACCGUAUACAGUGCAAUAAAAGUAUUAAAAGUGAAGACAAAAAAAAAAAGGUCUUGACAUAAAUAAUAAUAAAAAUGGCAUCAUACCUGACGGAUCGCGGGACGUUUCGGUGGUAUUGAUACCGCAUUUUCGGUACAGAUAAAAAUCACCGUCGCGAUAUUGUGAUGUGCGUAAUCGAGCCGACAACGGAACGGACAGCGGGCUGCGGUCAACGUUGAUAUGCGAGGGUAAGCCUGAGUUUCGGGUGAACUAGAAACACCGAGGCAGCUUCCAUCGCUCGGGCUGCUAAGAUGGCCGAGGAAAAAGUCAACACUCACUGCCACUACAGCGAGGAGGAGGACGAGGAAUCCGACGGCGUCGUCGUUCCCGAGCUCCAGGGCAUAUUGUCCAAGUGGACGAAUUACAUCCACGGCUGGCAGUCCCGCUUCAUUGUACUCAAGGACGGCACCCUCUCUUAUUACAAAUCCGAACAGGACAGCGGAUUCGGGUGUCGAGGAUCCAUUGGCCUCUACAAGGCUGUUAUCAAGGCUCACGAGUUUGACGAAUGCAGAUUUGACGUGUCCGUCAAUGAUUGUCUUGUUUGGUAUUUAAGAGCCAAUAGUCCCGAAGAAAAGCAACGUUGGGUCGACGUUUUGAAAUCGUACAAGGCUGAGUCUGGAUACGGUAGCGAAAACAGCCUAAAACGUCAUGGCAGCGCGGUAUCUCUUACGUCCAACACACAGUCAACGGCGAGUGCUGGUAGUUUUAGUAAACGCGGAAUCCGAGGGCUGAAGGAAAAGUUGGCGGAAAUGGAAACUUUCAAGAAUAUAUUAGUCCAGCAGAUUGACACACUGCAGAAGUACUUUGAUAACUGUGCAGACAUUGCCAAAGUGUCGCCAGCAACGAAUCAGCGUAAGAAGCCAGCUCGAAACUCCAAAGAAAAUCUGACGGACGUGGAAUUCGAUCCGGCCGAACAAUCGGUCGACUUCAAGGGUGAAGCCAUCACGUUUAAAGCGACGAGCGAAGGAGUCUUGGCCACUCUUCAGCACUGUCUGGAUCUUAUGACACAGAGGGAAGACGCCUGGCGUCGCAGGUGGGAGAGAGAAGUUGAAAAACGUCGGAGAGUCGAGGAGCUUUAUUACAAAGCAGUUAAGGAACAGGUAGCCGCUUCUAGAGAAGAUUUUCCGACGCGCAGAGUCCUCAUACACGGGGGUCCUGACUACGAGGAAGGUCCGCACAGCACUCUUUGCGACGAGGAAUUUUACGACGCAGUCGAAACAGGCCUGGACAAAAUUGACGAAGAAAAUCAGCUUCGGGACAGGCUGAAGCAGAAGGUUGUCUCCAUUCCGACAAGUCCUACAACGUCGGCGGCCAAGCAUAGGCUUUGGCCAGAGAUUGACAAAGUCUCAACCGAGCAGCUGCAUUACGCAAGACUCGGAGUUGGCGGAGCUGGAGGUUGGCAACUAUUUGCAGAGGAUGGAGACAUGCGGAUGUACAGGCGGGAGGAGGAGGCUGAUGGCCUGGUUGUCGAUCCGCUCAAGGCUUGCCACGUUGUUAAGGGCGUGACAGGGCAUGAAGUUUGCAACAUAUUUUACAGCCCGGAGUACAGAAGCGGAUGGGAAGCAACGCUAGAGGACAUGACUGUUGUAGAAAAAAUUUCCGACGAUACCCUAGUAUUUUUACAGACGCACAAGCGGAUAUGGCCCGCCAGCCAGAGGGACGCCUUAUUUUGGUCCCACAUUCGGAGGGUUUCGGAUGACCAGGAUCCCGACGCUCAUGAUCUAUGGAUUGUCUGUAAUCACAGCACUGAAUACACGGAGCAUCCGCCAAACGCCGGAAAGUGUGUUCGAGUUUAUUUGACUGUUUGCCUAGUUUGCCAAACGUUUAUAGAUCCGCCAAAGGAAGGAAGCGAGAUUACGAGGGAUGACAUUACCUGUAAAAUUACCUAUUGUUCCGUAGUUAAUCCUGGCGGCUGGGCUCCAGCGGCGGUUCUUCGGGCGGUCUAUAAACGGGAAUAUCCAAAGUUUUUGAAACGCUUUACGAGCUACUGUAUCGACCAAUGCAAAGACAAGCCAAUUUUAUUCUGAUCAUCCGCCACCCCUGUGAAUUAUUCAUAAUAUUGUACACAAAUAUUAUCUGUGAACUUGGAAGUAAUGGGACAGCUCCUGAAAUAUAUUAUUAAAGUAUAAAAAUAAGAUCACUCCGUACAAGUAAAUAUAUAAUUCUUCAUAAAGAGACAGAGCGAGAAAAAAAAAAGAAAUAAAGAAAGAAGCAUAAAAAAAAUGGGACGAAAGAAAACGAUAAUGCAUGAAAUAAAAGGUGUGGUUCAAUGUUUACUUGUAAGAUUUGCUAACAGUUAAAGUUGUUCACCUUGCCAUCUCGUGCGACACGAUAUUAAUCAUUUCAGCUUAAUGAUAGUUACUUAAACUUAAACGAAUAUCUAUCGUAAAUCGAAUUGAAUGUUCAGAUCCAAUCUUAUAAUAUGUGAUAAAAUAUAGGUAAAUCUAACGAAUUUUAUUUUUCAUUCUAGACGCGCUAGAUUUACGUGUUUUCACAUAUGCACACGUGGUGAACAAACGUUUGUGAUCGCUUUGGAAAAUACAUUCACUUUAGGUCCUCGUGUGAAGAUAUACAUGUAAAUUUUAAGAAUAUUUAAGAUUGGAAGAAAUAACAAAUCUUACAGAUUAUUGAUACCGAUGAGUGUCGAAUUUUGCACAAGGUUUUACAAGAUUAAUCGACGUUCACUUUUACCGCAUUAUUGAUCUCGAGCAUGUUACAACGUAUCUGACAAAGAUGCGACUGUUGAUUAAUCAUGAAUUUCAAUCAUCCUUCGUCGCUUAUUUCGAAAAAAGAGAAAAUGCACCAACUAUCCUAUGUAGUAAUUGACAUUAAAAAAAUGACAACUUGUCAAUGCAACUUUGUGAGUCACGUUGUGUGCCCGAGUAGCUAAAAACACAUUCUCAGCCAAUUUUCGAGUAUUAUACUGGAGAUAAAUUAGUGAUAGCAGUACCUAAUGAUUAAGGAUGAUGUAGAAGAGAAAGCAAAAAAAAAAAAAAAUAGGAAAGGGUCGAAGCGAAAUCAAAAGUCAGAUUUUAUAUAUUUACAUAAUGUUUUUCUUGUAUAAAUUUCGAGCAUUAUACAUAGAAGUAUUUGGUACAUGAUUUAAACGCCAUCUGAUAGAAUUGUAUAAGAAAAA